AGCAUCAUUACUCCAGUCUUCAGUGUCACACAAUCCUUCAGAAAUCACUUUGCCCCUGGGAAACCCUUUAUAUCAAAGGCUGGGUCAUACUUGCAAUCUAUGUGGAUUUCCUCUCACACACGAAGCCAGGAAUGCUGGUUACCUGUGCUUGAGCUCUACAAUGUUCCUGCCAAAGAGAAGCUGGUGUUUGAUAAGUCAGGUUUAACUCCUCUCUCUCUGUUGGUUCUCUCUACGGAUCUAUCAGUGUGCAAAGUGACACCUCCAUACACUCAUUGGCUGUAAACCUGGAUGGAAAAACAGGUUUUGUUACUGUGUUUUUUUAGUGUUCAAGAUUAUCCAAAGAAAAGUGUAUCCAGUCCUGCUCAUAUUAAAGCAUUGAGCUUGUUUGGGGUUAAUCUGGAGGAUUGUGUUGGACUGAAGGCACUGGAUAGUGGAACCAAUUUCACACUACUAAAAAUGCCACACUAACCUCUUUACAAGAAACUCUGCAGAACAAGAACCCAGGGGAAAUGUUGAAAUUUAGGAAGAAACCGUAUGAAGACAUUCUCAGGGUGAAAAAGAUAGAGACAUACAGUUGAGUCUUGAUGCAGCUGUUGUCUGAAGUGAGAAAUCGACCGUGGCUUUACCCUGUAAUAGCAGUGGCUGUGAUCCCUUAUCGGACGGUUCCCUAUUGUGCCAAAGCAUUGUGUUACCACUUCGUGAGACUUUCCCUCCAGCUAACCGUGUACAAAAGUUUACACCAACCAGUCUGAUGGGGAAUUAUAAAUCAAGACCCACUCAAACAUGUACAGAUGAGUGGAAAAAGAAAGUAAGCGAGUCAUAUGCUGUUAUAAUUGAGAGACUGGAGGAAGACUUGAAAAUUAAAGAGGAGGAGUUCAAGGAACUCAAGCAUGUCUUCAGCUCAGAUGAAGCAUUUAAUAAAGUGAAUCUGAAUUAUCGUACAGAGGGUGGACUCUCCCUGCUGCAUCUCUGCUGCAUAUGUGGAGGGAAUAAAGCUCACAUCAGGACCCUCAUGCUGAGAGGUCUGCGUCCAUCCAGACUUACCCGGAAUGGAUUCACUGCACUGCACCUGGCUGCAUUCAAGGGUAAUGCUGAACUGGUCACUGCGCUGCUGCAUGGUGGAGCAGAUAUCCAGCAGGUGGGGUACGGAGCCCUUACAGCAUUACAUAUAGCUACAGUGGCCGCUCAUCUUGAGGUUGUUGAUAUUCUCUUGCAACACGGGGCAUAUGUUAAUGUUCAAGAUGCAGUGUUCUUCACCCCUCUGCACAUUGCAGCUUACUUUGGCCAUGAGCAGGUCUGCAAGCUCCUGAUGAAGUUUGAGGCUGAUGUCAAUGCAAGUGGAGAGGUGGGGGACAGACCGCUUCACCUGGCUGCAGCUAAAGGCUAUCUGGGCAUUGUCAAACUGCUGAUGGGUGACGGCAGCAAAACUGACGUCAAUGCUCAAGACAAUGAGGACCAUGUUCCCCUUCAUUUCUGCUCUCGAUUUGGACACCAAGAGGUUGUCCGUUUCCUUCUGCAGGGCACCUUCGACAUACAGCCGCACUCUGUCAACAUCUACGGUGACACACCUCUCCACCUAGCUUGCUACAAUGGAAAGUUUGAAGUGGUGCAAGAGAUUAUUCAGUUGUCUGGCGCAGAGAGUCUGUCCAAGGAGAACAUCUUCAGUGAGACAGCUUUUCACAGUGCCUGCACCUACGGCAAGGACCUGGAAAUGGUCAAGUAUCUGCUCAGUCAGAAUGCUGUGAGCAUUAAUCAGCAGGGGCGAGAUGGACACACAGGUCUGCAUAGUGCCUGUUUCCAUGGACACAUCCGACUGGUUCAGUUUCUUUUGGACAACGGAGCAGAUAUGAAUCUGGUGGCUUGUGACCCCAGCCGCUCCAGCGGGGAAAAGGAUGAACAGACAUGCUUAAUGUGGGCCUAUGAGAAAGGCCAUGAUGCCAUUGUUACUCUGCUAAAACACUACAAGCGACCUCAGGAUGAUUCACCCUGCAAUGAAUACUCUCAACCAGGAGGGGAUGGAUCCUAUGUUUCUGUUCCUUCUCCCCUGGGAAAGAUCAAAAGUAUGACUAAAGAGAAGGCCGACGUCCUUCUCCUGAGAGCAAGUCUUCCAUCAAACUUCCAUCUUCAACUUUCUGAACUGGAGUUUAAUGAGAUUAUUGGAUCAGGCUCCUUUGGAAAGGUCUACAAAGGAAGGUGCCGCAAUAAAAUAGUUGCUAUUAAACGGUACCGCGCAAACACGUACUGCUCAAAGUCAGAUACAGAUAUGUUCUGUCGGGAGGUGUCCAUCCUGUGUCGUCUCAACCACCCUUGUGUGAUCCAGUUCGUGGGGGCUUGUUUGGACGACCCCAGUCAGUUUGCCAUAGUAACCCAAUAUGUGUCUGGAGGAUCACUGUUCUCACUGUUGCACGAGCAGAAGAGAAUCAUCGAUCUGCAGUCCAAGCUCAUCAUUGCCAUCGAUGUGGCCAAGGGCAUGGAGUAUCUGCACAAUCUGACCCAACCAAUCAUUCAUAGAGACCUCAACAGUCAUAAUAUUCUACUCUAUGAAGAUGGACACGCUGUGGUGGCUGAUUUUGGAGAAUCUCGCUUCCUGUUGUCUGUGGAUGAGGAUAAUAUGACUAAACAACCUGGGAACCUGCGUUGGAUGGCCCCUGAGGUGUUUACCCAGUGUACACGCUAUACGGUGAAAGCAGACAUGUUCAGCUAUGCUCUCUGCCUGUGGGAGCUACUCACGGGGGAGAUUCCAUUCGCACAUCUCAAACCAGCUGCAGCUGCUGCAGAUAUGGCAUAUCAUCAUGUCCGCCCUCCUGUUGGAUACUCCAUUCCCAAACCCAUCUCAGCGCUGCUGAUGAGAGGCUGGAAUGUGUGUCCAGAGGAAAGACCUGAGUUUUCGGAAGUGGUUGCCAAACUAGAGGAAUGCCUGUGUAACGUGGAGCUUAUGUCGCCAGCCUCCAGUAACAGCAGUGGUUCUCUUUCACCCUCGUCCUCCACGGACUGCCUGGUAGCACGUGGCAGCCCUGGAAGAAGUCACGUAGCUGCCCUUCGCUCGCGCUUCGAGUUGGAAUACGCCCUCAAUGCCCGUGCCUAUGCAUUUUGGACCCAAAACUCUGCUCGGAGGUCUUCACAGGGCUUGUCCCUGGAUGAGCUGAGGAGGAACAUGCAGUUCCCACCCAUUGACAGAAAUGGGUAUGUGUCAGAUCCCAUGAGCACCAUGCGUUUCCAUUCAUGCAGCAGCAAUGGAAGUUUUGAGGACAGCAACUAGAAGCAGAAGCUCUUUGAAGAACUUCGCACACAAACACACUUGCAUACGUGACAUAUUCGAAUUACCAUAAUUAUGAGCUUUCGAAUUUCAAACACUGUUCACAUUGUUGUCAAAGUUAUAAUGUUUAAAGAGCUCUGGCUUCUUCCAACCUCACAAUAAGUCAUUUGGGAAACGAAUGUUGUCAUUGAAACAAAUAAUUUGGAGUCAGUGGGUGUGAAUUUCUCCGAGUACAAUAUCAGGAUAGUCAACUAUGAUAAUUAUAACAUUAAUAAUAAUAAUAAUAAUAAAAAUAAUUAUGAUUAUUAAGGUGAAUGCACCAUAAGUAGAUCCAUUAAGUGUAAAGACACAUAAAACUCUAUUUGGAUGCGUUUUUCAGCCAUUUUGUGUUGUUGUUUUUUUGUGUGUGUGUAACAAUGAAUAGUGUUACAUUCAUUAUGCAUACUACUUACUUUUAUUGUUGUACAAGGUUUUUUAUAUUGUUUUGGUGUUUCAAUUUCAAGUAAAUAUCUGGUAGAUCAGAACAAAGAGUCUAUUUCAAUAUUUUAUUCUAAUUUCUUUUUUUAGACAAAUAAGCCAGCGAGUGAAAAAGGAACUUGUCAGGAUCAUGAAUGAUGUCACCUGACAAAACAGGCACUCUUAGAGGAAUUUGGCUUUGCUUAGGGAAUCGAAACAGUUCAAGUUUGAUUUAACUCCCAUGAUCUGCAUGAUUAUGACAAGGAAAAAGAAAGU